CGACUACAGCUCCUCUCGUCCCUCAGGAAAGAUUUGUUUAAGAACAGUCUGUCUAUGCCAACAGGAGUCAGCUCCACAUAGGCAGCUGUGGAGAUCACUUGUUACAGACUUAUUUAUUGUGGGAAGUUUUAGAGCAAGUCUAAUGGGUUGUUUGCAUGAUGCGUAUUGGGUGACCCCCAGGCUGCUCUCCUGCUAGGAGGAACUCGCUUCUGAAGAUCAAACUUUUGUGUGCAUGUUUGUUGCUCCAGAGUGACCCCCCGCCCCUGCCGGUGAAUGAACUUCUGUAUUGAGUGGUGGGGCAUCGGUUCAGCUGGCCCAGGGCCACAUCGGAGGGGAACACUGUACUUUUUGCUCCAAUGGAGAGCCAAGGUUAUGAACGAUACGUCGACGGGGAGCGUGACAACUACCAAAUCGACUACCGCCGCAUCGUAGGAGACACAGAACCGGCCAGACCAUGGCUCUCCUCACGAGACCCGGAGCACAAUUUACACGGGACUUUCAGCCACAACCCGCCACAUGGUCAUGGGCACGGGCAUGAGACGGCAGCCCAGCGCUACAGUGCCACGCGCAUUCAGGCUGGGUACGAGCCAGAGAGUAUGGCUGACUACCUGAUCAGUGGAGGGACCGGCUAUGUGCCAGAAGAUGGACUCACUGCCCAGCAGCUCUUUUCCAUAGGAGAUGGCCUCACAUACAAUGAUUUCCUCAUCCUGCCUGGUUUUAUCGACUUUACCUCGGAUGAAGUGGAUCUGACCUCGGCCCUGACCCGGAAAAUAACCCUAAAGACGCCACUUAUUUCAUCUCCCAUGGACACUGUGACCGAGUCAUCUAUGGCCAUCGCUAUGGCUCUUAUGGGUGGAAUCGGGAUCAUCCAUCACAACUGCACACCAGAGUUCCAAGCAAAUGAAGUUCGGAAAGUUAAGAAAUUUGAGCAGGGCUUCAUCACAGAUCCAGUAGUGAUGAGCCCUCGGCACACGGUUGGCGAUGUGUUCGAAGCGAAGGUACGGCACGGUUUCUCUGGCAUCCCUGUUACCGAGACCGGUAAAAUGGGCAGCAAGCUGGUGGGAAUCGUCACGUCACGAGAUAUUGAUUUUCUGUCAGAGAAAGACUACGACAGGCCACUGGAGGAGACGAUGACAAAGCGAGAAGAUUUAGUGGUUGCGCCAGCAGGAGUUACUCUAAAAGAAGCCAAUGACAUACUGCAGCGCAGCAAAAAAGGUAAACUGCCCAUAGUAAAUGACAGUGAUGAACUGGUGGCCAUAAUUGCUCGUACUGAUCUAAAGAAGAACAGAGAAUACCCUCUGGCGUCUAAAGACUCACGCAAACAGUUGCUCUGUGGUGCCGCCAUCGGCACACGUGAGGACGACAAAUACCGCCUGGAUCUGCUCAUGCAGGCUGGAGUGGAUGUUGUGGUGCUAGACUCGUCUCAGGGAAACUCUGUGUUUCAGAUAAGCAUGAUCAACUACAUUAAACAGAAGUACCCUGACCUACAGGUGGUGGGAGGAAAUGUUGUGACAGCUGCACAGGCAAAAAAUCUGAUUGACGCAGGUGUGGAUGCUCUCAGAGUCGGCAUGGGCUGUGGAUCUAUCUGCAUCACACAGGAAGUUAUGGCAUGUGGAAGACCCCAAGGCACCUCUGUGUAUAAAGUGGCGGAGUAUGCCCGCCGUUUCGGGGUGCCAGUAAUCGCAGAUGGUGGAAUUCAGACAGUUGGGCACGUGGUGAAGGCUUUAGCUUUAGGAGCAUCCACAGUGAUGAUGGGCUCCUUGCUUGCGGCAACCACAGAAGCUCCCGGUGAGUAUUUUUUCUCAGACGGCGUAAGACUGAAGAAGUACCGUGGUAUGGGCUCUUUGGAUGCCAUGGAGAAAAACAGCAGCAGCCAAAAACGCUAUUUCAGUGAGGGCGAUAAGGUGAAGGUAGCUCAGGGAGUUUCAGGCUCGGUUCAGGAUAAAGGCUCCAUCCAUAAGUUUGUGCCUUACCUCAUUGCUGGAAUCCAACAUGGCUGCCAGGAUAUUGGCGCAAAGAGCCUGUCCAUCCUACGCUCUAUGAUGUACUCCGGUGAACUAAAGUUUGAAAAGAGGACCAUGUCUGCUCAGGUGGAGGGCGGAGUCCAUGGUCUGCACUCUUACGAGAAGCGGUUAUACUGAGGACGGCAGCAGAGAACCCAUACGACCCUAGCUGUGACCAAACAUGACUGAUUCAUCAAAGCUCUCCUACAUUCCUUCCUCUUCUCCCUUCUUCCUCCUGAAGAAACAAUGGCGUAUUUUUUUUUCCCGACAAGGUGUGUUCAGCAGCAGACGUGCAGGUAUCCUGCACUCUACCUUGGUAACACAGACAUGGACAUUGCUGUGCACUGUUGUGUAAAAACAACAGUUUUUUUUUGGUCUUUUUAUUUCCAUUUUGUCCUCAUAUGACAAUCCUGUUAUAUCUCAUGUAUCGUUGUCCUCACAGGAUAGUGUAACGCUCACUGCUUUUUAAAGUUUCUUUCAACUUCUGCUCAACGCAACCAAAAUAUUCUUGUUAAAUGUCUUCUCCGUUAGCCUACUAGCAAUAAGCUUUAAUACUGUGCACCCAGCCGGUGUUUCGAUCAUUGUAAGGGUAGCGAGGCGUACACACGAGAAUGACGUAUGGAACAUAAUGAAGGUUAUAUGUAUAUACAUGAAGUUGGUUUAUACAUUUUCAAACUUUGAUCCAGUAUGCUUUUUAGGUUCUUCAGUUAACAAGCUUAGACUAUGGAACCAGAAGCUGAGGGAUCGCCUUAAAUUAAAAUCAGAAUCCUUUUUCACCUGCACACCUUACAAAGGAAAGCAGCGUGUAGAAGGACCACGUUACAUCAGUGAUGCGUUACGAUAACAAUUUAUUUUAAACAUUUUAAUACAAUGUCUGUGCGCAUCUUUUUCUCGGCCAAGUAAACGAUCACAAACAGAUACAACUAUACAAUAUUGAGUAACAAGCAAAUUUAUUACUGUAAGUAUUUGCAGUUAUGGUAGUGCUGACUUGUAAUGAAAACACUUAAACGUUUUUCAGUGUGAGUGACAGAUCUGAAUACAACAUUCGUCAUCUGUUUGUGAAACUUUGUGACAUUAAUGCUACAUCACUGCACAGUUUUCAUUUCCCGGAAGAGUCUUGGCUCCUUUGGGGUUUGGACAAUAAUGUACGAAAAAUGUUAUUCAUGUACACUUACACUAUACAAGUGUAAUACCAAAUGUGAUUGUUUGUACUAUACAGUGAAUAUUAGACUUAAUUCGUUCCCAGGAAGAAAAAAAAAAGUUUAGUAUGAAGGUGUCACCUCCGUUUGUGUGGAUGUGUUGUUUAUUUGACUAAGUAAUUAUUAUUAUUAUUAUUAUUAUUAUUAUUAUUUGCAAUUAGAUUGUAUAAAAUAGGUCA